AUGCAAUCUGAGAUUGAUCCAUUGAGACAACGAAUUUCUGAGCUUGAAACAGAAAAGGCUGAGCUUGAAGCCAAGAAUACUAAACUGAUAAAACAGGUUACGGAAGAGAAUGCCAAGCGAGAAGCUGAAAAUACGGAGCUCAAAGCCAGGAUCGCCAAAUUGGAACAGAUAGUAGAAGAAAAUACUGAGCUUAAAGAUAGAAUCACGAAAUUGGAACAGAAACAGGAAGCAUCUCCUACAAAAGAUAUUUCACCACUAACCGAGAGCCAUUCUCCAGAAAUAGAACAUAGCUCUACCCAAUCUGAAACAUCUAUAGCUUCUUUACCACAAGAUGUUAUCCAUGACCAUGCAGCUGAGAUCCUUGAUUUUGUAGAAACGAUACAUAAGGAAAGGAUUAGUAGUGAGACAAGAGAGAG